AUGGCUACACGACAGAAAUUCGAAGGUUGGGUCGCUGAAAAGUCCACAAAAGAGCAGGACUUGAUAUGGAAGGAAUACGAGAUGAAGCCUUUUGAAGAAGCGGAUAUUGAGAUUCGUAUCACUCAUUGUGGUGUUUGCGGAACUGACGACCACACCUCCAAGAACGGAUGGGGAACUACUUCAUAUCCCAUCGUUGUUGGACAUGAGAUUGUCGGUGUAGCAACCCGUGUCGGUUCCAAAGCCGAAGGUAACAUCAAAGAAGGCGACAUAGUCGGUGUAGGCGCUCAAAGUGAUGCCUGUUUCCAACGCGACGGCCCAUGCGAAGAGUGCGCCAAUGGCCUUUACAAUUACUGUCCCAAGAAUACCGCUACGUACGGCGGCGUCCACAGGUGUGGAACUGCAUCGACAGGUGGUUACGCACGAUAUCAUCGCUGUCCAUCCAGAUUCGUCGUCAAGAUCCCUCAGGGUUUAGCUCCUCAACAUGCAGCUCCGAUGCUAUGUGCUGGAGCGACUAUGUAUGCACCCUUGAAGUACUUCGGAGCAACAGGCCGGAAGGUUGCUAUUAUUGGCAUCGGUGGAUUGGGGCAUUUUGGAAUCAUGUUUGCCAAAGCUCUGGAUGCUGCCGAAGUUGUGGCGAUAUCAAGAAGUUCCGAUAAGAAGGGUGAUACUUUGGCUCUUAGGGCCGAUGAGCACAUUGCUACGAGCGAAGAAGGCUGGGCUGAGAAAAAUAAGAGGAGGUUUGACCUUAUCAUCAGCACAGCCGAUGGAAUUAACAUGCCAUGGAACGAAUACUUGGGUCUUCUCAGAGUAGAUGGCACAAUGGUUCAAGUUGGCGCACCCGAGAAACCAAUUCCGAUAAACAUCUUCUCGCUACUACCAAUCCGUGGCAGAUUUACUUCUACACAAACUGCGAGUCCCUAUGAGAUGCGGGAUAUGCUUCAAUUGGCAGCUGAUAAGAAUCUUAAGCCAUGGGUUGAGGAACGUCCAAUGAGAGAGGCUAAUGAGGCAUUGAAGGAUCUUCAAGCAGGAAAGCCCAGGUUUCGAUAUGUUCUUGUUAACGAGGACUGA